CAUUGACACUUCUCCAAACCAAUAAAUUAAAAGUUAAAACUUAAAACAAUGCCACCCACUUCUCGUUCACCACAUGAUCCUAAAUUAAAAACCGUUAAUCUCAUCUUUCUGUACCAAACUAAUAACAAAAAUACAAUUUUUCUUAUUCCCCUUCUUUUUUUUUUUCCCUUAUAAAAUUUCCUUUUGGUGGCAGUUUUCUAAUUUCUCUAAUCCAGUUGUUGGGACAAUUGCAUCAAAUCGAAGAUCCCUGCAUUUAAAGCAAGAAAAAAAAUUGAGGGAAUAGAAAGGGACAGAAGAAGAAGAGAAAAACUGUCUGGGCACAUUUCUCUCUUGAGGUCGUCCAAACUUGAAAAGGGUUGAAGAGGGACAAAGAGUUUCUGCUCGAUCCAGCCUUUUUUUUUUGUUUCCUUACACGUUAGGCAGUUGGAAGGGAGGAAGUCGGAGAAGAUGAAUAUAUUCAGAUUAGCUGGGGAUAUGACCCAUUUGGCCAGUGUGCUUGUUUUGCUCCUUAAGAUCCAUACAAUCAAAUCUUGUGCUGGUAUUUCUUUGAAGACCCAGGAGCUCUAUGCUCUAGUCUUUGCAACUCGCUACCUGGACAUAUUUACUGACUAUAUCUCCCUCUACAACUCCAUGAUGAAGUUAAUUUUUUUGGGAAGCUCUUUCUCAAUCGUGUGGUACAUAAGGCAUCAUAAAAUUGUCCGGAGAUCUUAUGAUAAAGAACAUGACACAUUCCGCCAUCUUUUCCUUGUGUUGCCAUGUUUGCUUUUGGCCCUGGUUAUACAUGAGAGAUUUACCUUUAAAGAGGUAAUGUGGACAUUUUCGAUAUACUUGGAAGCUGUUGCCAUCCUUCCUCAGCUGGUCUUGUUGCAGAGGACAAGAAAUAUUGACAACCUCACUGGGCAAUAUGUUUUUCUUCUGGGAGCAUACCGGGCUUUCUACAUUGUGAACUGGAUUUAUCGCUACUUCACUGAGCCACACUUUGUGCAUUGGAUAACUUGGAUCGCAGGUCUUGUUCAGACUGCACUUUAUGCCGAUUUCUUCUACUAUUACUUCCAAAGUUGGAAGAACAAUGUAAAACUCGAGCUACCAGCUUGAGCUUUGUGUCCAAUCUCCACAAGAUGUGCCUGAUUGAAGACUUGAAGAAGGAACGAUUUUAUUCGCAUCGCGUUUCUCAUUUUUAUUUUCUAAAUGUGUCUUAGCUUUAGGGUGCUAGCAGACUUUGCCAAGAAGCAGGGGAUCUCAAUUUUAGUCGACUUUUGAUGACACAUGAAGUGGGGAUAUUUACAUGUCAUGUAGAAAAACUAUAGCAUCUCUUAAAGAUGGAUGAAAGAAUUUUAAGCUACAUCCAGUUACAUGCUACCCUACUUUCUAUUGAGUUAUAUCACUUGCCGACUUGAUAUAGUUGCUUGCAUUCUUUACUCAUAUACUUAGCACAAUCAUUUGAUACAUGGUUUGUGGAUUUUGCUACACUAACACUCACGAGGUUUGCACUAUCAUUAUUUUACAAUGAAUUUGUAAGGUACAACUAUCAUGAUUAUCGUAUAAAC